AUGACACCACCAGGGAAAACGGUGGGAAGGCAUUUCGAAUUUCAUGAAGACCAAGACUACAGUAAUGGUAACAAUUCCCACUUCUCACAAUAUGGCCUUCUGCGAGCUAAUGUGAUCGAGCAGGUUCAAAGCUACUACCAGCGACACGUUGACUCGGGACAGGAAGACUUCGAGCGCCUUCUGUUGAUUGCAGAGGAGAAGAAAUCCCGCGGCGAGCCAACUGGCCCUCUCCCUGUGCCUAGUGUCGCUCCUAAGCGGCGUUAUGAAGCAAUAAUCCCUCCAGCACCUCGCAUGAUGACGUUGAAGACCCCACUGGAGCAGGCGAACACGUUGAUCGAAUACCUCCGGAGAGAGUUGACCCCCCUCUGUGAGGAAUAUCUGGCUGAUCCACCCGCCAGCCCGAGGAAGCUGGAGUUUGAGUACCGCAAGUUGAGCGAGACGAUUUUGGCGCGUGUGAUGUUGAAGGCCGAUGGGAUCGAACCGCGAAACGAGACAGUCAAGAAUGCACGCAGGGCUCUUAUAAGGGAAGCUCAAGCCUUAUUGAACCGACUGGAUCAGGUUGGGAGGCCACAAUCCUAA